AUGAAAAAUUAAAUCAUAUUAUUAUUAGGAUAAAUUUUAAGAAUCCUAAUAUUUAUAUCUUACUUACCUAGGUAUGCGUACGGAGGACAGAUUUUUGGAGGAGAUGUUGAUUUAGACUUUGGUAAUGCUUAAAAAAUGAGCAUAAUAAGUUUUAAAUUUCAAUUGCAAACAUCAUUAAUGAGAGAUGAUUUUUUAAAAAUAAAUUUCCCAUUUUCUUUGCACAAUUAGUUAAGACCCAGCUGGAUAUUUUCAGAUUUUUUAAGUGUUCCUUUUGGUUUGUAAGUAAUGUGGAGAAAUUAUGAUUAAAAUAAUCAACCUUCAACUAGUUAAAACUAUGCUUAAGUUUUUACUGAUGCCAUAGAUUCCUCUACCUAUUAUAUUCGUUUACUUGAUCAAAAUUAAUUAGUUACUUCUGUCCCAAGCUAAGUAUGGAAGUAGUUAACAUUCACAAUAAAAGAUCGCUAAGCUCUGAAAAAUUAAAAAGCAAGCUAGAUAUUAUAAAUAUCUAUGUCUACUGUCUCUAGUGUAUCUCCAAAUGCUAUAAUAUAUGAUGAAAAUCUUGCAUUCAAUUUCUUCUACUUAUCAGAUGUGCCUUCUACUUAAAUUGGUGUUUCCUUAGUUAAUUAUGAUAAAGUGAAUUCUUAAAAAAUGGGAUUUCUGUAAACUAUAUCAAUAGAUAUUGAUUUUUCUUAAAUGAGUGCUAACGAUCUCAAUGAUGAUCUCAGAUUAGUAUUUAGUGUUGAUAACUAGGAAUUUUUAUUUUAAGGUGAAUGCUUUAGCGCUACAAGAUAUGAGCUCCCAAUAAUUAAUCCAAUUUUAUCACAAUACAUAAAAUGUACAAUAGAUACUAAUUUAAACUAGAUGAAUGUUCAACUACUUAAAGGAGCUUUAACCAAUCAAACAGCAGUAAGAAUAUAAACGUAUUUAAUGAAUCCUUUAAGAGUAAUAACAGGUGUAUCAUUAGAAGUAAAGGUUUUACGUUUAUAUUCACCAUUAAUUGUUGCUAUAGGAUCUUAAUAAGCUAUCCUUUAAACUGUACCUAUAAAUGUUAUAGAUAAUUAAAUUUAUAUGGCUUGGGGAUUAAGACCUGAUUCAAGCCUGCCUCUUUAACUAAAGAUUGUUAGAGCAGAUUAAUCUGGAGCUUAUUAACCCAUGAAUUCUUUUAAAGUUGUGUUUUAAAUAGAUGCAGAUUCUCCUUAAGCUACUGAGCUCAAAGUUAAUAUCCUAAUAGGAAAUGCUGAUCAAUUAGCUACAAUUGUUGGAGGUUCAAUAGCAUCCAACUUACCACCUUGUCCUAAUAAAUAAGUAGUUUGCAGAGAGGCCUCAAAAAAUAAUCCAAGCAAACGAAAAAUAGCUUGUUCAGGAGUAUGCUAUCUUAGAAAAGCUACAUCAUACUAAGUAUCAUUUAAAAUGAUUUUUCCAUAUAGCACUUACCAAGAUCCUAUUGAUUGCUCAAAUUUUGGUGCUUUGAGCAUUCAAUCAGCUACUUAUAGUUAAAAUUAAGAUAUAGGUUACAUAUUCGCUAGAUCAAAAGGCUUUCAAUCAUCUGGUUUUAGUAUAUUAUAAGACACUAUUCCUCAAGACAGCUCAUAAAAAUUAAUUACAAAUCUUUAGAAUUUUCCAUUCAUAAAUAUGCUCUUAAGUGCUAGAGACUUUUAAGAUUACACAGAUGAUGAAAUAUAUAGUCAUAGCUUAAUCUAUAGUGCCACUGAUAAAUCGCUUUAUAGUUAAGAAUUUAUCCUUCCAUCCAACUCUAUUAAUUUCCUUACCUAUGCUAAUUAGUUUAGCGAUCUUUAGAUAUUUAAAGUUACAUUUAAUUCUGCAUCCAAUUUUAUUUCUUAAUAUGAUAGUAAUUUGAUAGCCUAAAUGAGUGUCCCAAAAAAUGUUUUAUCAAUUAACACUAUUAAUGGAAAAAAUUGGGUUAGAACUCCUGCAAGUAAUGCCUAAGUUAUUGUUUCGUCAUAAAGCGAUAGCUCUGCUAUAUCACCUGUUACUGCACCUAAUCUUGGUAUUUAGAUAUCUCCAUAUGAAUAAAGACUUGUUUGGAAUACUUUGAUUCCUCUAUCUGAUAUUACUAAAUCAUUUACUUUAGCAGAUGUAAAUGCACUUAAUCCUAAUUCCCCACCAAUAACUAUUCCAAAUGGAGCAGGCUUUGUUUUACUUUUUAAUCAAAAUUUUGUUCCUUAGACAAUGGCAACUGGGGAUUAUUUUGAAAGAUAUCCUAUCAGCAAUUAGCAUAUGAGUAUGAAAGUAAUUUAUAGUACUUCAACUAGUGUAAAUGCUUAUAACAAAUACACAUCUUGUUAGCUUGUAGCUUAAUAACAUUUAGCACUUGACUAAUUUUAUUCUUCAGCCAAUAAUGAAUAAUAAUGGGGAUUGAGGCCAUUUAUUAUUUAAGGAUUUAGUUCAAUUUAUGUAGAUGAUUAUGUGUUUGAUAUUUAUGUAAAUACUAUUGAUGGUAUUAAUGGCCCAGCAAAUUAACAGCAAGUAAACAGCUAUGUUUUAAUAAAUGCUUUUGUUAUUUAAUAAAAUCCUUACACAACAAUUAGUGGUGGAUCGACUACGUAUUGGCUUAGAGCUACAAUAUCAAAUUAUUACUCUAGCUCUCAAACCAGCAAUACUGGAAGAUAUAUACCAACUCUAUUUAAAAUAUAAGGUAAUAUUCCAGCUACCCAAGCUUCAUAAACAUCAAGAAUAGUAAUCUUUUUCGAUAGUGGUUCUCCAUUCUAUAAUAACAUCUUUUCUAAUGAAAUAAACUGUGCAUCAACAACUGGAAACAUUGAAGUAAAAUGUAAAGGAUACGAGACUGGUUCACUAAAUAUUAACAAUUAUUUAACCCUUUCUCGUAUAGAAGUUGAACUCUCAAGUUAUACUUCCCAAUUUAUUGUUAUUAUUCCUAUAAGAGCUAAAGUUAAUGUUCAAACUGUGAAUUUCUUUGUAGGACUUAUGUCUCCUCAUAGUUAUUUUACUGGCCCUACAAAUUAAGACAAAAUGUAUGGAUAACUAUGGAUGGUUCGAAACGCAUAUUCACUAACUUACCCUUAAACAACUCUUUAAGCACCUCCAACAAUCUAUAAUUCUGGAGGAUCGAUUACAAAUAUAUAAAAUGGUCUAAAAUGUAUAGGUGGUAAUUGCUAAGUUGGAGUUUAACAAGCUUCUAUGACACUUUCAACAUCUAUAAACCAAUCAAGCAUGGCAACUAGCCCUAUUGACACUAGAGGAAUUUUAGUAAAUAGUAAUAUGAAUUCAAAUAUAGAUUUUGGCUCAGCAUUCACAUUUGUUGCGGCUUAUCAGUUUUUCAAUACAAAUUCUAAUAUAGCUGGGUGGUCAAAUUAUAUCUUUUUUAGAUAUAAAUAUUAUGAAUUGCAAUCUGAUACUUUAAUAAGAGUGAACAAUUACUAAUAUGGUGUUUAUUGUAGUAAUGAUGGAGCUAUUUCUUCAACAGGAACUAUCUCCAACAUAAAUUUAUACAAAUGGGCAGGUUAAAAUAUACCAGCUUUCAGUGCUUGGAGUUACUCAGGAGGAAAUGUAGCUACUAUUGCAUCUAACUUUUAUAAAAUUGAUUAAUAUUUUAGCAUAACUGGUUUCACUGCUUCAUCAAUAGGAGCAUCCAUUUAAUCAACAGUGUUAAAUUUUAAUUUCGCUUGUCCAUUCGAUUUGGACUAAAAUUUUUACAUCAUCCUAUCAUCAAACAAUAAUGUUAACUUACCUUUUGCAAAUGAUCCUAUUUAUUAACAGUGCUAAUUGUUAAUACAAUCAUCUAAUCCUAUGGAAGAUAUGUAGUCAUUAACUUAAGGUAGUUAGUGCUAAGUAGUAUCUAAUACAAACUAGCAGUAUGUUUAUAUGAUUAGCUCAAUUACAAACAAAUUUCCCUAAAAUUCAUUGCUCUCGUUGAAUCAUUAUCUUGCAAGUUCUCCAUUGAAUGGCAGCACAUCUAGUGUGAUAAUUUAAAUAUCUUCAACUCCUGUUGGAGGUUCAUCUAAUAUUAUUGCCCAAUCAUCUAGCAGCAAUUUGGUUUAUGAUUUAAGUUAACUAGCUACAAAGUUAAUACUUAAUAACUUUGCCUCGACUACUGACAAUAGGAGCAUUGUUACAACUUUUACCUUUAGUAUGGCAUUCUAAAGCAGGUAAAUGUGGGCAGGGGAGUAUUACUUAAUUAAUACAGGUGCUUUGCAAUCUAUUAAUCUUUCAAAAGCUAAUUAGCUUAGAUGCAUGGUUCUAGAAAGUGAUUUAUCACCUUCUCAUAGAUUUGGAUAAGUUCAAUAUAAUUAACUUUCUAAUAUGUAUUUCUACUUAAAAUACCCAGUUUUUAACAAUAAUCCAUCUUUUUAUGUUUAAUGCAAAUAUAUGAUAAUGCCAACUUCACUCUCUUCUAAUACUCCAUUAAGUAUGAGGGUUGAGUUCCCUAUAAAUAGAUAAAUAAUAAAUUUUGUCAACCUUAACUUUCCUACCUUUUUAGAUAUUACAACUGGAACAAUAUCUGCAACUCUAACAAAGUAUUAUGAUACUCCUGGUAGUAAUUUAGAACUAUACUUUAAUCUUACCAGCUCUGUUGUAACUAUGAAUCAAAAUUCUAGGGUAGUUAUUGUAUUCCCUAUUUAUUAUUCACCUAAUUUGGGUAGAGAUGGGGUAGUUAAUUGCUAUUUAAUGCCAAACGAAGACAAAGUAUCUUGUUUUGUAACAGAAGAACGUACUUUAGAUAUUAGGUAUUUUUCAAAUACUUAUGCUCCUGGAACUUAAUUUAUAAUCAAAGUAACUGGUGUCACAUAGCCACAAUUCUUUUAGACAUAUCAAUUUUUUAUUGCAUUUGAUAAUGAUACUGACGAUACUUCAUACAGCGAAUAUCUAUUUAUCUCUGAUGUGAUAAACACUUCUGCAAAUAGCAAUCUAUAAAAUAAUUUACAAGGCCUAAUAGAAAUCCGCUCAAUAACUAUUUAGUCUUUAUAUCUAAGAGAAGCAGGGGUUUAAUAUUAAUUUAACAUUUAUAUUAACCCUAAUGUUAAACCAAUUGUGUAUGGAUAAGCAAUCAUGAUUAAUUUCCCACCAAUUUACUAAUAUGUAUUAGAAUAAAAUAUAACUCCUGACUGUUCAGUAACUUCACCAAUAAAUCCUCUUUAAAACUAUGUUGGCUCGUGUCGUGUUUCAGGUCUAAGGAUAAAAAUGUUUGUAAAUUAAUAAAUGAAUCCAGGAAAUUUCUAUAAUUUGACUGUUUUUACUAUAAGAAAUCCAUCUAGAUUUGAUUCUUCUGUUUACAAAUGGAUAGUAGAAGUUUCUGAUAUAACACAGCAAAUAGUAGUCUUAAGAAGUUUUGGUAUGUCAGCUAACUUUAAUGUAGAUACAUUCAUACAAAACCCAAAUUAAAAUUAUCUUAACUACUAUGAUGGACCUAAUUUUAGCACUGCUAAAUAAGUAAUAUCUCUAAAUAUGAUAUAAGGUGUAAUGUCAAAGUGGUUAUAUAUUGCAAGAGAAAAAUAUGAACCUGCAUGGUGCCGCUCGUACCUACUUACAAGCAAAUCAUACCCUAUUUCAACUUUUUAGAUAGAAACUUUUGUUGUUGUAGGAACUCAAACUGCUUAAAUAAGAGUUUAUUCUCCAAAUGCAAUAGGGUUCUAUGCAUUUUAAACAUAUAAAUACGGUGAUGGAGAUUAUUACUCAGAUUUGCCCAUUUUAUAACUUACUUUUGAUAACCUUAACUUGUAGCCUUUCUUUUUCAACGAAGUAACUUUGAAUGUUAUGUCAUCUGCAACAUAAAGUCCUCUGUUAAUUACCUUAGGAGCAUUACCCCCUGUUAAUUAUGUUACUGUAAAUUUCUCGAUAUCCCCGACUGCUAAUAAUAUUGGAUUGCAGCUGAUUGGAAGUCAAAAUGUAGCAUAAGUGAAUAUUACUAAUUCAUUGUAGAUGGCUUUACUUAAUAUUUAGGUUUCUAAUCCUGCAUAGUUUACUCCAGGUUCUACAACCAGCUUCUAAUAUACUCUAAGUGGAGGUAAUGCUAACUCUUAUAAAAUAUAAGGAGGAAUUUUAAAUAUCGUUGUAGUAAGCAAUCCAAGCUCAACAUUAUAAACAUUCAUCUAAUAAUCUAGUGUUCUACCAACUAACCCAGUUAAUAGCAAAAACUUUGAAUACAAAUGCUCAUAAUUAGGUUUAUUUUACUACUAUGUCGCAUUUAGUUAUCCUGAAAACUCAUCUAUUUGUUAAUAUAAAGAAGCUCAAAUCAUUAAUUUGACAUGGCAGUAAUCUACAGAAGAUAAUGGUUAUGGCAACAUGUAUAAGUGCUUUAGUUAAUUUGGCGUAGUAAAUGUAUAACAAACGACUAAUUUUAAUAUUCUCACAAUCAACAAUUUACUUGCUACAAGAAAUUAUAUUUUCGGAGGAUUCUGCUAAUCAUAAAGAGGUGACUAAAAUCCAACUUAAUAUAUGACAUUUUAAGCUUAGAGCAAUAAUGGAAAACUCUAUAAGAUAGAAUUUGAUUUUGUUAGUAAGCCUUCUCUUGAAUAGAUAGUUAAAUUAGCUUGUUUCCUAUCUAUUCAUUUUUAUACUCAUCCUACAUUAGUUAGCACACUCGAUGGUAUCUAUUGCAGUGAACUUGCCCAUAAUCGUUUAUUAAAAGCACAAGAUGAUCAAUAUUAAGAAAUAAAUAACUUUGAUUUAGAUAACCAAAACAGGAUACUUGAUCUCAACUAAUAUUAUCUCAAUUUAAAAAAUAACAAAAUAAACUUAUCUACUUGCGUGUAUCCUAAUAUAGUUAAUACUACUGCAAUAUAGUAUCCAAUUGUUUUUUAUAUGAAUCUAAAUGAAUAUUUACAGAAUGAUGACUUAUAUUAGAGGUUAGCCUAAACAACAUAAAAUGGUUGCUUUAAAGACUAUGUAACUCAAGGAGUUAUAGGCAUUCCAUAGAUAGUUAACAUUUAACCUUCAGUAUAAGUUUAAUCUAUUCCACCAUCUCUUUCCUUUAAUAUAAACUCAAAUUUUUAUUAAGGACUUACAUGGGUAUACUUAGACAGUUUGACUCUUAAUUCAAAUGGUAGGUUCUGGGGAAUAUUAAUUUAAGACACAAGGGUAGCUAGCGUAGCUAUUCCAAAUCUUCCAACACCUACCUAAAUAAGAUACGGAUAAAAUUAUGAUGGGACUAGUGCGCUCUCUAGCUUUUAUUUCUUUUCUGAUUCAAUAAAUAACAGAGUAUCUAAUGUUACCUUUUCAGGCUUAUUUCCAGGAAGAAAGUAUUUAAUGGUAUACGUAGUUUCUAAUGAAGAUCCUUUUGAUACAGUUAAUUAUGAUACAGUUAAGUAUUUAGAAAUCACAACAUAACAACCUGCAGUGAAUUCUACAUUUGGAAUUGUUUUAAAAUUUUUUGAAUUUAGCUCACUUUUGAUAGUUUUACUUAUGGCAUUGUGA